AAACCAUUUAUUUACGAGAACGGGAAAGACCAAAACCAGAUCCGGAGAAAGUCGCCGACCAAAUUGACUCUAUAUAUAUAUAUAUAUAUAUAUAUAUAUAUAUAUAUAUAUAUACACAUAUAAAACCCACCGGAGAACUCGCUGGGAAAAUCAAAAAACCCACUGGAGAAAGUUGAAGACGAACGGAGAAAGUCAACUCGAACUCGCCAGGGAAAGUCGAUCUGAAAUCCCUAUAUUUAUAGAGAGAGAGAAACGAAAGAGAUCAUCAAAUCAUGAGAACCAGCAACCACCUGAUCGGCCUCCUAAACUUCCUAACCUUGCCCCUCUCGAUCCCCAUCCUCGGCGGCGGCAUCUGGCUCAGCGGCCGCGCCAACAACACCGACUGCCUCAGGUUCCUCCAGUGGCCCCUCAUCAUCAUCGGCGUCUCCAACAUGGUCGUCUCCCUCGCGGGCUUCGCCGGCGCCUGUUACCGCAACACCUUCCUCAUGUACCUCUACCUCUGGGCCAUGUUCGUCAUCAUCGCCUACGCCGUCACCGACAAGGGGUCCGGCCGCGCUGUGACGAGCCGGGCCUACCUGGAGUACGACUUGGAUGACUUCUCCGGGUGGAAGGAUAGAGACGAAGAUAGAUCCCACAUAAAAAAUCAAAAAUUCUUAAACCAGACCGGCACGUAA